AGGCCAAAAGGAUCCUGGUCGAUUGGAGGAAGCUGCGCAAUGCCAUGCUCCAUCGACAUCUCGAGGUUGCAGCAAUCCGGCCUCUGUCUCAAUGCGCCGAGCGACCAAACAAGCGUGAUCCCACCCUUUUACUCUUGGGUGCGUCGAUUGCCACCGACGUUGACUGGAUGUCUUCAUGAGCCGCAGUGGUUGCCUUGAAACUCCGCUGCACUGUUGCUCAUAUUGAAGCUCGCCGUGCCAAGAGCUGCCCGAGCUGAGGUCGCGAGUCGAGCCUACUAGCCCAACCGUCCUUAUCGCUCUCAAUCCGCGUGGCGGGCGCAUUGAUUAGCCUCCUGGGAGCAAUGCCUUCCAUUGCCAGCGCCAGAUGAGUCAGAGUCAAGCGCGGCGAGACGAUGGCCCAGCCGACGCCAUGGCCGACGAACCCGAACUGGCUCGAGCUGACGGCGAGAGCUCCGGUUCCGACGAGGAGACGGUGAAGGGCGAUCGAGACGAGGUCCACAUCGCCGACGUCCUCAAGGAAGAAGACCGGCCCAACGAGUCCCCAACGUCGACCGCCGUCCCAGGCUCCACCGCCCGCCCCUCACGGGAACUUGUGCAGGCCGAGCAAGAGACGGCGUCGGAAGAUGGGGCGACGGAUGCCAUACCACGUCUUGCCGCAAGCCCUAUGGGCUCCAUGCUCUCCGUCCCAGACGAUACGCCGUCUUUACAGGGUUCCAUGAUAUCCUCACCCGGCAGCGGCGUGUUGCCUUCCCGAGCCUCCCGUCCCGGCUUAGCCAGUCCGACGCCAUCGUUCAGGCCUUUUGAUCAAAGGUUCCAGUCACGCAUUUCCUCGCCCUACCUCUCGUCACCACGCCCUUCAUCCCCCUCCUUCCUAGCAGGUCACAGUCGGAAUGUCUCGUUCGGCAGUCAGUUUCUGUUGGAUUCAGGAGACACCGAAACCCCGUCACCGCCAUGGGAGGUUGUGCGGUGGACGAAGCUGAAGAAGCUCAAUGCGCAGGUAUUUUCCGAGGCGGGGAGGAGGAAUUUCGGUUCUCCCACGUGCCUUGCCGUUUCGGCUGCGAUAGUGUUGGGCACUUCGAAAGGGAUCAUCUUGGUGUUCGACUACAAUCAAAACAUCAAGAUGAUCAUAGGUCCAGGGACCAAAGCCGUCGAAUCCGGUCCCCUCACCGCCAUCGCGAUAUCCGCAGACCAUACCACUAUUGCGGGCGGGCAUGCGAAUGGCAACAUAUUCACCUGGGAUACCACGCGGCCAGCGAGACCGUUCCUCAGCAUUCCACAUCUGGAUCCGUCGCGCCAGCACAACAGAACUGCCGACGGCCAUGUACCGAAUGUUGCGAUAACGCACUUGGGCUUUCUCGGCACUCGGCAUACCGCCCUUGUCUCCGCGGAUGAUAGGGGUAUGGCCUUUUCACAUCUCGCAACCAGGGGUACCGGCGCCCUUGGCAGGACCGUGAAGACGACCAGGAUAUUGGGCCGGUACCCGGAUUCAGCACCGCCGCCAGGUAAGACACUGAAGCCGAGCACCGUCUUGGCUUUUGCUUCGCUCCCUCUCGGUAAUGUCGAGAUGGCCACAGAUGCCAUGGGGCUCACGGCGAUGCUCACGCCCUAUUUGUUGGUCAUCGUCUCCACUACCCCUAUUGCCCAGACCCAACAUAAGUCUGCACGGCCAAAGGAAGUGGCGGCCCACAGCGCCUUAACCGGAUGUCUGGCCUGGUUCCCUGGCGUCAAGCUGAAGGUGGCGGAUCCUGUGACGGGGAGCCAGAUCUCCAAAACCAAGCUAGUUUAUUGCUGGUCAAACGUCCUCACAGUCCUCGACGUGGAUGAAAUACCGGCAGAGGACAAGGACAAGCCUCCGAGCCUCAAGUUUAGGGCACGGAGUCGAUGGAAGUGUGAGGAGCCCAUCGUCACUGUACAAUGGCUGAGCCGGUCGGUCUUGACUGUGCUCACCAUUUCUCAGCAGUUGAUUGUGCUCGAAGAUCGGAGCAUGCGCAUGACUGAGGCGUUCGACCUCAUACACAAGCACAUCUACCAUGUCGACCGGUUCUCGAAGCAGCUCAGUGCUCUGGUGGAACAGCUCGACGAAGAAGAUCCAUCAAUGCACGGCGUUGUUGCCGACGCCUUCUACAUGAGCUUCAAGGCAUACAAGGGCCGGCUCUUUCUCCUAGGAUUUAACGACGUGUCGAUUGGGACCUUGUCCAACUGGGCCGAUCGGCUCAUCAGCCUGAUGGAGAAUGGCGACUAUGUUGGUGCUAUCAAGCUGGCAACGUCAUACUACACCGGGGACACCAACAAACUCACAGUGGGACUCCCAGAAGACACGGACCUAAGACAUGCAAUGGUCCAGGAUAAGCUCAUGGAAAUCAUGAGCGCAUCUUUGAAGUACGCCUUUGGCCAGAGGCAGAAAAACAGGGAUUCGGUGGACGACAGCCACCUGGAGGAGCUGGCCCGGACAUGUUUUGUGGGCUGCCUGAGCGUCGGGAAGGUUGACUUCCUCUUCGAUGAGAUGUACGAGUGGUACGAGGACGCAGGAGUUGAGGGCAUCUUCCUCGAGACGCUGGAGCCUUCUAUCCUCGAGGAAUCCAUCACCGCGAUCCCACCGACGGUUGUGAAAGCCAUGAUUACGCACUUUGUCCACAACGGCUGGGAAAGCCGGCUUGAAGAAAUGAUCUGCCAUAUGGACACCGCUACUCUCGAUCUGGACCAGGUGACACUCCUCUGCAAGCAACAUCACCUGUACGAAGCCCUGAUCUACGUCUGGAAUCGGGCAUUGCACGACUUCAUCACCCCGCUUUUCGACUUGCUGUCCCUGCUGGUACCGCUUACACAGAACGGCCAGUACUCCGGCAGCCCCAUGGAGGCCGAGAUGUACAGCGUCAAUGCCCUCAAGAUAUUCCCUUACCUCUCCUACGUCCUCACUGGUCGCGUCUAUCCGACAGGUGACCCGCUUCCCGAGGACGUCGCGCAGAAGGCGAAGGCCGAGCUCUACUGGCUUCUCUUCUCGGGGAAGAGCAUUACAUGGCCAAAGGGCAGCAAUAAACGCCUUCUGACCAGGCCUAGCUUGUCGCAAGAACCAUCUUUCCCCUAUCUUCGGCUGAUCCUCAGCUUUGACGCUGCCAGCUUUCUGAGCGCGCUCAAUGAAGCAUUUGAGGAUUCCUUCCUCAACGACUCCCAGGAGAAGUCGGCGAAUGGUGGCUCCGGCCGUGAUCUUCCUGAAGAGCAAGUAUUUGGGUUGACGGUGGACAGGCAGUACAUCGUCUCCAUCUUGAUGGAAAUCAUGAGCUCAUCCGACUUCACCCCGAACGAGACUAUUUACUUGGAUAUGUUUAUUGCCAGGAACCUGCCGAAGUAUCCGCAAUACCUCCUAUUCCCCGGCUCGACACUCACUAAAGUCCUGAUCGGGCUGUGCAAGUAUCCCGGCGCGGAUUUGGCCGAGGAUGCUCAGCUCAGUGCCGAGUACCUGUUAUCUAUAUACCAGCCACCAGACGUCACGGAACUCAUACCGCUGUUCAAAGAAGCUGGCUUCUACCGGAUCUUGAAGCGCAUUUACAGGAUCGAAAAGCAGUACGGGAAGCUUAUCCGAACGUACUUUGAAGACCCAGAAGACCAGGAAGCCGUGUUCAACUGCAUUGACGUCUAUCUCCGACCGCAGGCGGGUCUCACACAGCGACAAAUACAGGAUGUUCACCGGGUGGUCAAGGAGCAUUCCGCAGAGUUUGUCGAGCUGGAUCCGGCAAUGGCAGCGAAGGUCAUUGCAAGACAUGCGCCGGAGCUACAUCACCACGUUUUGGACGCGGUUGCCGAGCACCCGGAGUUGCAGUACGCCUACCUAAAGACAAUACUAGAGCCGGAGAAGGACGCUGUUCCCGGCCGUUCAGCAGACAGAGAUCUGGUGGAGCAAUACUUGCGGUUGAUGUGCAGAUUCGAUCCGGAACGUGUGUCGGACUACGUUGGCUUGGUCCAGUCGUCCAACCUGAGGCUCGAGCAGCUGCUCCCGACAAUGGAGGAGAUGGGCGUGGUUGAUGCUGCCGUUGUCCUAAUGGCGAAGGACGGACAAGUCCAGGAGGCCAUGGGCCGGUUGGCCAAGCAUCUCGAAACGCUCGAGUCGGCGCUUCAGGGAAUCAUCGCAGGGUCCCAGGACGAGGCUCGUGGCAUGCAAGAGUCAGCGGAGGAGCUUCUGCAGGCACUGCGCAAGUUUGUUCUGGUUGGCGUCUGGCUCUGUCAGGGGCAAACUAAGACUGCUCGAGCUGCCAGUUCUGGCCACCGAGGGCGAAAGGCACCAGCAGAUGGGACCCUCUCUGCGGAUGAAAAUCUCUGGCUCGAUUUGAUCGAUGCGUCGGUCCAGAUCACAAAACGGCUGUCCUCAAGCCUGCAUAAUUUGCCAGGGAGAAACUCGCUUCCCUCGACGAAUGGCGACGCUGAUCAGCACUCACCUCCUCCUCUUGAUUUCGACAAGCUCCUCACACUGCUCCGCUCACUCGUCCAAACCACCUUCACCGCCCUCCUGACCUCAACCUCGAGCCCGUCGAACCUUGCCCCACCGCCCAGCACCAUUAUGGCACCCACACCUGCUGCUGCUGGCGCGAUCGGGAUAGGAACCAACCUGACCUUCCUCCGCAUCCUCCGCGCCUUCCUCGCCCGCGCGGCCGCGUCCUCGCCCAACCUAGCCGACCUCCGCUCCGUGCUGUCAUCGAUCUUCUCAGCCUAUGCCUACGAAGAGUCGAUCCUCCGCCUCUCCAACCGGCUGCUCGAGCGGAGCUUAUUCGUUAGCGUAGCCCAAGCCGUUGAGCUGCGGCAGCGGGGGUGGAGGCCGCGCGGCUCGACGUGUGAGGCAUGUGGGCGGCGGGUCUGGGGCCCCGGCGCUCAAGGGGCCAAGAUCUACGAGGCGUGGGAGGAGAGAAAGGCGCUGGAGGAGAAGAGGCGGUUGCAGAGGCAAGGAAGCAAGUUGGCGAUAAGUGCGGCAAGGGGUGAUGGUGGUGGUCAGGGGGUUGGAGGCGCUCAGGAGCCGGCUUAUACUGGGAAGGGGAAGGGGAAAGACCUGAGCACGACGAUGCAACAGCCGCAGGAGGAAAAAGGGGAAGAUGGCGGGGGUAGUCGCGAUGAGAACAAACAGGACCCGAGAGUCGGGGUAGAUGAUACCGGUGCUACGAGCUCCCGGAAGACGGAUCAACCGGCGCUGGGGUCCUUGGUUUUGCUGGCGUGCCGGCAUAUCUACCACCAGAGUUGUCUGGAAGCGCUGCUGGCGAAGGAUGGGCAUGGCAAGGAGACGGAGUACAGGUGUCCUAUUGAUGGGUAGUCAAGGCGGUGGGCUGCCGGGUGUAUACUAGGUUGUGGGCAGCAUGCUGAUUGGCAUAGCCUGUCUGUAAAGUUUGAAGGCGGCAUUUGAUGCGCAAGGACAUAUCAAAGUGAAAACUUGAGUCCAUGUUGAAAGAUUCAAGCCC